GGCGUGACGGUAUUCGUGUCAGCGUACUCGCUGGUGGCGAUCAGCAUAGACCGCUACCUUGCCAUCAUCUACCCGCUCCGUCCGCGCAUGACGAGGCUCCAAGCACGCGUCAUCAUCUGGCUGGUGUGGGUACUCGCUCUCGUCACCACCGCCCCUCUCGCAGUCUUCUCACAGCUCAAAGAACCUGACGAUAACUACUACAAGAUCUACGAGCUGAAGGUCUGCAUGGAGGACUGGGGGGAAGGUUCUGAGCAAAGACAGGCGUCGUAUUCGGCCACGUUGAUGUUGCUGCAGUACGUGUUGCCGGUCGCGGUGCUUAUCUUCACCUACACAAGGAUCGGCAUUGUAGUAUGGGGCAAGAAGUCGCUGGGAGAGACGCCCGCCAGGCACGACAGAAUCGCCAGGAGUAAAAGGAAG